GUAAUCUUAUCAAGAGAAAAAUCUACCAAUAGAUUAUAUGCCCUCAAAGUUAUUUCCAAAGAGUGGGUGGUUUUUCGGCAAGAGGUCGAACACACAAGAACCGAACGUGAUAUUCUUGCAAUUGCUUCCAGAACUUCCCAUCCUUUCCUUAUUAGAUUACGCGAAUCUUUUCAUGAUAGUAAUCAAUUAUUCCUUGUAUUGGAUUAUUAUCCUGGUGGUGAUAUUGCCACUCAAUUGGCUAAAUGGCAUAGAUUCGAUGAUGCAAGAUGUCUUUUUUAUGCCGCUGAAAUUGUCCUUGGUAUAGAAGAAUUACAUCGUUUGG